UCGUGUUGAUUGGGGUGAGUUCAAGACUAAAUUGUCCAAAGGUCCAGUAGCCCCAGGACAGCUGGGAUAGGUAGGCCCCAGCUCACUCACAACCCGAAUAAAAACAAGUGGUACAGAAAGUGGAUGGACUUCUGAUUGGCUGAACUCAAGGGUGGGAUAUAAAUUUGAACCACACAAGAAGAAGAGGAAGUGAGAGCGAUGUUCCUCUUCACAACGGGCGGCAGACCAUGCCGCUGGGGCUGCGGAGCCUGGACUGCGGCCAGCUUCCUCGUUGGCAUCAUGUGACUGACUGCUCUCCAAAGCGUUGCUGCGUCCACGACCUUACACGUACCAGAAGUCAACUAAAGUGCACGUGCGUGGCUCCAAUCAUGUCGACGAGCCGCACGGCGCGAGACCAGAACCAGAACCGGGACCGGGACCGGGACCGGGGCCGAGGCCGGGGCCGGGGCCGGGGCCGGGGCAGGACCUUCCGGCAGUGGUGCCUGCGGACGUACGCGGAGUCCGGAAAGACGAAGACGGUGACGCGGCGCAAGUACGACAACAUCCUGCACGCUCUGUUGCACGACGACCUCAACCCACCAAACCACAAGAACGCCAAGUUCGAGGUCUGGAUCAAGUCCAAAGGCUUCCAGGUGGGGACGCUGCGGGACGUCAAAGUCCUCUUUGUGCCCGUCAAGACGACGUGUGCGGACGCGACGUCCCUGAAGCGAGUCGCCGUGGUGGAGGAUUUCUACGACAUCAUCUUCGCCAUGCACGUGAAGGAGGGCGGAAAACCGGGGAAGGCUCCCUCGCACGUCGGCCAGAAGAAGACCUACAAAGCCAUAGCAGAGACGUAUGCCUUCUUGCCUCGAGAGGCGGUCACGCGCUUCCUGAUGAACUGUGGCGAGUGUCAGAAAAGGAUGCAUACCAGCGCACAUUGCUCGGAAGAGAACGACACGCCGGAGGGUUCAGCGUCCGCCGCCGACCGCCACGAUCGGCGGCAACGACAAGACGACAACACCGAUGACGCGUCAGUGAGCGGCGAGGACGAGGCCGACAUGAGCGAGCCCUCGUGGCCGGCCGCCGACCCGGGAGCGACGUCGCAGCAGCUGCGGCCGGCCGGCCGACCGGAGGCCUUGCGCCGCAGUCUCGACGUGGCCGGCAGCAGGGAGGACGACGACGAUUCAUCGUCCGAGAGCGGCAGCGGCCUUCCCACCCUCACGCCUCCGUCGUCCUCCUCCGCCGCCCUCGUCAGGGAGGUCGAGGUCGUCAACGGCAACUGCGGCACCGCCCCGCUCGACUUCAGCACGCCUGCGUCCUCGUCCUCCGACGACCGCCGACCCGUGAGCCUGAGCGAGCCGCCCCCUCAGAGGCCGCCGGCGGGCGCCUCCCGCCUACCCGUCACCGUGUCGGCGGCGGCGGCGGCCCUGCUGGGCGCCCUGCAUCCCAACGUGCCCGAGGAGCUGCGCAGGAAGUACCCGCUGGCCGCCAAACCUCCGCUGGCUCCUCGUCCCGCCCUGCCCGUGCCACAAGCGCACACCCACGCUGGCGAGCUGCGAUUGGACCGCGACUAUGGCGCCAAGUCUCCCGUGUACAGUUCUGGCGGCAGCUACGACAGCAUCAAGAUGGAGGCCAGCGCCGAUGACCUGAGCGCCGGCCGUCUCGGGGGCCCCGCCGCCCCCGACGACGACGACGACGAGCACGACGAGCACGACGACAGCGACAAGAUCAACGACGCGGAGGGCGUGGACCCGGAGCGGCUGAAGGCCUUCAACAUGUUCGUGCGUCUGUUUGUGGACGAGAACUUAGACCGAAUGGUUCCCAUCUCCAAGCAGCCCAAAGAAAAGAUCCAGGCCAUCAUCGAGUCCUGCAGCAGACAAUUCCCGGAAUUCCAAGAACGCGCCCGCAAGCGCAUUCGCACCUACCUCAAAUCCUGCCGACGCAUGAAGAGGAACGGCAUGGAGACCCGGCCCACUCCGCCGCACCUCACCUCCGCCAUGGCGGAGAACAUCCUGGCCGCCGCCUGCGAGAGCGAAUCACGCAACGCCGCCAAGAGGAUGCGCCUGGACGCCUAUCACGAUGAGCCGAACUCACUGGAUAAACCGUCCGGCGGCGGCGCUCUGAGGGAGCCGGCGUCACUCGUUCCCUCGGCCUACUCGCUGGCCGCGUCCGCCUUCUCCAACCAGGAGCCGCAGGUCUACAUCAACGGCGCCGGCCUCAGCUACGGUUACCGUGGAUAUCUGGGCGCUGCCGUGCAGCAUCCCGUUUCCCUGACGACUGGCGCCGCCGCUCAGAGCAAUGGCCCCACAGACCUCAGCAUGAAGUCGCACUCGUCCGCCAACAUGGCCGCCGCCGCCAACCAUUGUCUGGGCGGGCGGGGCGCGGGCGGGGCCUUGGCCCAACUCAGCCAACCGGAGAUCGCGGCCGUGCGUCAGCUGGUCGCCGGAUACCGGGAAUCGGCGGCCUUCCUGCUGCGCUCCGCCGACGAGCUGGAGAACCUCAUCUUGCAGCAGAACUGAAGAGCGCACGCACAUACGCACACACUCACACACAUAUUCAGCCUUUGCCGGAAGCGUCUGGGAGAAAAUGUGGCAAAAGUGUGAAAUCCUUGGCGAGCACUUAGAGAGGUUACCCCGGUCUUCUGGCAAUCAGCGUGAGCCUCGGAGGAAGAGCGACUUUGUGUUGGGACACCCUCUCCCCUAACAUGCCGGCUUGUACAUAGAAGCACUUUUCCCCGCUGCCCUUCCUGCUACUUCUUAUGCACCUCGGACGCCUGUUGACCAGAGCAGGAAAUACCUCAAUCAUCCACUUCCUGCCCCGCUGGUGUAAAUACUCAGCUGAGCAUGUGAAGGAUGAAGAUGUGUGUGUGUGUGUGUGUGUGUGUGUGCGCAUGCAUAUUUGCGUGCGCGCGUGCUAAAUGCUAAUGACUACUCCUUUAUUACCUCCCACGCUAACGUGGUCGUCACGUCUCUUCGGACCUCCUCCGUCUCUUCUCGAUGGACCUUAAGCUCCUGCUCCUCCUCGCUGGCGCCCUCCAGAGGAAGAGGAGAGCAUUGGGAUUUUGCUGCUAAAACGAGAGAGCGGCGUUUCUGCCAUCGACACACGCGAGACCUCACAAACGGCGAUGACGACAGACCACCGAAAGCUUUCUCGUGUUGCGCGUCUCGUUUGGACUAUUCUGCCCGCUCGGCAACAAGUCGCAACGGCUACGUUAAUAGGCUAACGUUUGUUGUCUGGAUCAUCCAGUGAUUUGUUGCGAGGAAAACGUUAGCGUAUCUUAAAAGUUGUAUUCUUUUAUUUAAAAACAGCAAACUUUGAUUUCAGUCUGACAUGAACUUUGUUUUUACGUUGUACAGCUAGUCAACAAGUUGACUACGUCACGUAAUGUCUUUCAUCUUAUAUACGAGGCUCAAUUAGCUUGGUCUGGAUACCUCAAUGAGCAGCUUUGAUUUGAUUUGUCACGAGGAUAACGAUAACUUAGCUUAAAAUCACAUUUUUAUUUGAAAACAGCACACUUUAAGUCCAACGUGAACUUCGUGUACACAUCGUACAGCUAGUCAACAAAUUAACUACAUAACUGGAUGUCGCUAACAUCUUUCAUCUUACAUACGAGAUCUAAUUAGCGUGGUCUGGAUCAAUCAAUGAGCAGCCUCGAUUUGUCGGGAGGAGAACGUUAGCUUGGUUUAAAAUCGGGUUGUUUUAUUUAAUAACAACAAACGACAUGUAUACACAUACGGAUGAGCGCUAUCGAGUACGGCUAAGACAAGCUAUGUUAUGCUAAGCUAACAGGCGCUAACAAGUCAGCGAAUAAAGGGGGCGACUAAUGAGUGAUUAUUUGUGUUUACCAUGGAGCUUUUUGUUUGUUUUUGUGAAAAAGACAAACUAGCAUUUUUCCCUUCUUCGGCUAACCUGUUAAAUGUUGCAUUUGCACUUGACAUGUUAGCAUCUUAUUUAUCAUAACUUUCAGUACAAUGAUUUAUGUUGUCGUGAGGAGAAAGUUAGCUUAGCAUGAAGUCAUAUUCUUCUUCCUUUUUUUUUUUUACCUUUUUCUUUUUACCUUUUUUUUAAACGAACAUCAAUGUUCUUAUCACGACCUUUGUAUGGAACUCUAGGUCACAUUAAGGUAAGCUAGCAAAAUUGGUUUUG